GCUCGCGAGCCCGGGAGGCCGAGAAGGCUGUCGUUGCCUCGGCCGUCGCAUCCCCGAGGGAGUCGUCUCGGUGUGUCCCCAGCCCCCCAGCUUCCCGAUCGCCCCAGAGGCUCGUGUGUGCGCUCCCGACCUCACCAGCUGACCGCCACUCGCCCGCGGACCGUGCCUUCUGCAUCAUGUGCGGUAUAUUUGCUUACUUAAACUACCAUGUUCCUCGCACAAGACGAGAAAUCUUGGAGACCCUAAUCAAAGGCCUUCAGAGAUUGGAGUACAGAGGAUAUGAUUCUGCUGGUGUAGGAGUUGAUGGAGGCAAUGACAAGGAUUGGGAAGCCAAUGCCUGCAAGAUCCAGCUCAUUAAGAAGAAAGGGAAAGUCAAGGCACUGGAUGAAGAAGUUCACAAGCAACAGGAUAUGGAUUUGGAUAUAGAAUUUGAUGUACACCUUGGAAUAGCUCAUACCCGUUGGGCAACACAUGGAGAACCCAAUCCUGUCAAUAGUCAUCCGCAGCGCUCUGACAAAAACAACGAAUUUAUUGUUAUUCACAAUGGAAUUAUCACCAACUACAAAGACUUGAAAAAGUUUUUGGAAAGCAAAGGCUAUGACUUUGAAUCCGAAACAGACACAGAGACAAUUGCCAAGCUUGUUAAGUACAUGUAUGACAAUCGAGAAAGUCAAGAUAUCAGUUUUACGACCUUGGUGGAGAGAGUUAUCCAACAAUUGGAAGGUGCUUUUGCACUGGUAUUUAAAAGUGUUCAUUUUCCUGGCCAAGCAGUUGGCACAAGGCGAGGUAGCCCUCUUUUGAUUGGUGUACGAAGUGAACAUAAACUCUCUACUGAUCACAUUCCGAUUCUCUACAGAACAGGGAAGGACAAGAAAGGAGGCUGUAACCUCUCUCGUGUGGACAGCACAACUUGCCUUUUCCCUGUUGAAGAAAAAGCAGUGGAAUAUUACUUUGCAUCUGAUGCAAGUGCUGUCAUAGAACAUACCAAUCGCGUCAUCUUUCUUGAAGAUGAUGAUGUUGCAGCAGUGGUGGAUGGCCGUCUUUCUAUCCAUCGAAUUAAACGAACUGCAGGAGAUCACCCUGGACGAGCUGUGCAAACCCUCCAGAUGGAACUCCAGCAGAUCAUGAAGGGCAACUUCAGUUCAUUUAUGCAGAAGGAAAUUUUUGAGCAGCCAGAGUCUGUCGUAAACACGAUGAGAGGAAGAGUCAACUUUGACGACUAUACAGUGAAUUUGGGCGGUUUGAAGGAUCACAUUAAGGAGAUCCAGAGGUGUCGGCGUUUGAUUCUUAUUGCUUGUGGGACAAGUUAUCAUGCUGGUGUAGCAACACGUCAAGUUCUCGAAGAGCUGACCGAGUUGCCUGUUAUGGUGGAGCUUGCCAGUGAUUUCCUGGAUAGAAACACACCAGUUUUUCGAGAUGAUGUUUGCUUUUUCAUUAGUCAGUCAGGUGAGACAGCAGACACCCUGAUGGGUCUUCGGUACUGUAAGGAGAGAGGAGCUUUAACUGUGGGCAUCACAAACACGGUGGGCAGCUCCAUAUCCAGGGAGACAGACUGUGGGGUUCACAUUAACGCCGGGCCCGAGAUUGGCGUGGCCAGCACAAAGGCUUACACCAGCCAGUUUGUGUCCCUGGUGAUGUUCGCUCUCAUGAUGUGUGAUGACAGGAUCUCCAUGCAGGAGAGACGCAAAGAGAUCAUGCUUGGAUUGAAGCGGCUGCCCGAUUUGAUCAAGGAAGUAUUGAGCAUGGAUGAUGAAAUUCAGAAACUGGCAACAGAACUUUAUCAUCAGAAGUCGGUCUUGAUAAUGGGACGUGGCUAUCAUUAUGCUACUUGCCUGGAAGGGGCCCUAAAAAUCAAAGAAAUCACUUACAUGCACUCUGAAGGCAUCCUUGCUGGUGAACUGAAACACGGCCCCCUGGCUUUGGUGGACAAGCUGAUGCCUGUCAUCAUGAUUAUCAUGAGAGAUCACACUUACGCCAAGUGUCAGAAUGCUCUUCAGCAGGUGGUUGCGAGACAGGGACGCCCAGUGGUGAUCUGUGACAAGGAAGAUACCGAGACCAUUAAGAACACAAACAGAACGAUCAAGGUGCCCCACUCCGUGGACUGCUUGCAGGGCAUUCUCAGUGUGAUCCCCUUACAGUUGCUGGCGUUCCACCUUGCUGUGCUGCGAGGCUAUGAUGUCGACUUCCCCCGGAAUCUUGCCAAAUCUGUAACUGUAGAAUAAGGAUCAUCUGCAACUCUGGGCAAUUGAGCAACACAAGACACCUUUUGUAUUUAACACCUUGAUUUAAAAUAGCACCCUUUGAAGCCUUUUUUAGUAAAUCCUUAUUUAUAUAUCGGUUAUAAUUACUCCACUCAACUUGUGAUUUUUGUGAAAUUACCUCAUAUUUUUCCAGUAAUUUGUGGGGGAGUUUAAAUAAUGGAAUUUAUAUUGGAAUCAUUAUCAUAAAGAGAUUUAGCUCUCAUUUUCUCUAAAGGAUGCUGGGUGUUGGAUUCCUGGACCCUCCACUUCAACCUGGGAGGAUUGUGUGUUUUUAGAAUAAUUGACCUUUGUUUUACCAAGCUUCUAUUCGUUCAGCUCAAAGAAAGUGUAGUACGGUUAGUUGAGAUAUCUAAAGUCAGCAGCAAUGUGUGCUAAUGCUUGGACAUUUAAUUAAGGUCUUGCUAAGUUUACAUGUAAAGAGAAGAUGCUGUGAUUCGUUUUGAAAUUUGUGUUUUUAAAUCAAACUGUAGAGCUUAAAAAGUGAAAGCUCUUCUUGGUGGGAUUUCUUGAUGGGAUUUCUAUGUAAGUGAGGUUAACCCAAGUCUCUCAGACUUGUUGCUUUUUAGGUGGAGAUUGAGGUCACUUAGGGAGCUAGAAUAUGGUUAGUGCAUUGGUUUUCUCCAGUUCUUAACAGCAAGUUAUUUGCACAGUCUCAUAGCACAAACUUUAAAUUUGAGCUGCUUUGGACAACUGACAACAUGGUUUUCAGUGCGAAGAUGGGGAACAUAGAGAUGGAGUGUGCUACUCCUAGUUUUUCCAUCUUUUGAAACUGGUUUUUAUUUUCUUGUACCUGUAGCCUUUUGUCUUGUUUUGUUUUGUAUAAUGACUGCUGAACGACUUAGUUUAUCUUAUUCUUUGAAAUCACCACACAGAGUUGCUAUCAAAUGUCUGAGAUUAAACCAGUACUAAUAUAUGUAGAAUUCUCUUUAAUUUUGUCCUGAGGAAAAUUUUCCUGCAGUGAAUUUUAGCUUUUUAUUUCUUUUGUUGCAUAAAACGAGUACCUUCGCACCACGUGGAAGUUCUCUGUGGUCUGGAAGAUUUGCAGGUCUUUUGACUAAUUAUUUGACUCUCAAGUGUGUAUGCUGGGCUCGGCUUACAGAGAGGUGUAUGCUUUACACUGAGACUAGUGAAGGGUUGCACCAAAUAUAGUGCUACUUCCUCGGUAUUUUUCUCUACUAUCUGUGUUUUACUCCUGAAAUAUAUUUAGGAAUGAAGAAGAUAUGAAUAGAUAAAGUGAAACCGAGGUGCCUUCAGCUGGUUUACAUCAGAAAUGGAAAUUAACAGUUUAGAUUAAAAUAGAGUAAAAUAUUGGUUUGACACCCAAAAUGGCUUGAGUAAUAAUUUCCCCACGGGUUUUGUUUUUUGGCCAAAUCUUGGGGAUUAUAGGCAGUGUGAAGUCUUUCUCUUUUUAAAGUUUUCACUUUGAAAUUUUGAAGGUAAGAUACUUAGCAUAAUUAAGUAAAUUCAGCCUUUUUCUUUUUUCUGUGUUUGAACUUCAUGUUGAGGUUAAGAUUUUCUAGUAGUUAUUGGUGCAAGAGGGGCACAGAAUUCUGCUUGUGUAUUAGGGCUAGAAAAAUACUUUGCAUAUUUUGAGGUACUUUGGAAGGACUGUGUCAUAGAUGGAGACUAGAAACCGGAUUCUUUUUAAAAAUAAAGUUAGGUUACUAUUUACAUCGUAUAUAUAGCUACUAUGGCUAUAUCAAUGUAUUUUAAAUGUUUCUGAGUUAUUUUGAUUAGGCUUGCUGAUUUUAGUCUGUAUGUAGUGUCAUUUCUUAUGUUCGUUAAAUUAGCAUUUAUGUCUCUGAUUUGUAUAGGUUUGGCAUUUCCUAAUGGUCUAAAGUUUGAGUCAACAUUCUAAGUGAACAAAUGUGUGAAAUCAAUCAUUAGUUUUCAGUUUCUUUGUUUUUCUCUUCUGUCUGUCUGUCUUUCUCACACACACACACUUCAAGCUAGGAUACAUUCUGAACUGAAUAUCGAAAGUUGAUACUAAAGAACAAAGAAGUGGUGUUUUCCAAAUAAACAUGGUAUCUCCUCCUUGUCCCUUCUUCUUAUUUUACUUUAUGUAGUGAUUUUUAAAGGCUUUUAUAUGUUAAUUAUGAACACAAAAAGAUUCUCUCAUGAGGCAAAUCACUAACAAGUACACAUGCUCAGUUAAAACCAAUGUAAUCUAGGAUAAGAAAACCUGAUUUUUCAAGAAAGAUAUUCCACAAAAGGAAUCCUUUAUAUAAAAAGUUCUUUCUUAUAGUACAUUUAAAGUUUAAAUUCACUCAUAUUUAACUUAGGGUUUGUUACCUCAGCCAUGAGCCCUUUUUAGGCUGAGGUCAUGUGUAACCUCUAACACAUGACCCAGUAAAUGAAUGUUACUUUGCAGUCAGUCAGCUUCCCUAUCAUUUUUAAAUUACCUAUGCCAUAGGAAUAACUGAUAAGAGGAAAAUUAAUGUUAACUGUUCUUAGUUAUAAUAGUGUCAGCAUCCUAGUAUGGGCAAGUCACUGUGUGAGGAUCUGGAAAGGACAUCUUGUUUAAAGUCAAGUCUGCUUGUCCCCAGGCCGACUUACACUGGUGAAGACUAAGAUGAUUGCAAGGCACAGGGUGAGAGAGUGGAAAAAUGGAGGUGAGCUGGGUUGGUAAAUGUUGUGAGCAGAUUUGUUAAUUAAUGGUCCAAGUUUAGGGGCGUAUUAUGUUCAAAAUAGGUGUAAAAUGCAUUUUGUCGAGUAAGCUAUUGUGGGCUGGGUAGACCAUAAAUCUGAGGUACUGCAAAGACGAAAUGCAGGUAAAAAACAAGCAAGCGUAGAUAGUGUGGAGCGGGGUGGGUGUGCAGAUGGGACCAGGGGUUAAGAGAGCUAACACACGUCUUGUGGAAAGUGGUUUCUAAGAUGGUAGUGUCUUGUCCUUCCAAACACAGGUCUCUUAGCCUAAGCUAAUAAUGAGGAUGAGAGGAGAAGCCCCCUCCCCCUUGGUGAUGGUCAUUUGGCGCUUAUUUAUAUUAAAAUCAUCAAAGAAGGAAGACCAGCUGGAAUGUUUGCUUAAAAAAAAACAUUUAAAGAAGUCUUUUAGAGUCAGUGUUUUAUCUUUUAAAAAUUAGGAUAUACUGUAGCAAUAAAAGGGAAAGACUAAUGUUAACUAUUUAUUGUAUGUUAUAAUUUAAGUGAUUUUUCUAAAAGCACAAUGUCAUCAGAAAGUGUUUAGUGAAAAAGAAAUCAUAGCUCAUAUGGAGUUUGUGAAGGCCAAAGAAAUGGAAGGAAAUGGUAAAGGAAGAUAGUUUAGCCUUAUAUCCACAUAUUUAGUGGAUUUUAUAUACCAGAACACCAGAUAGAUUGUCUUAUCCAUGAAAACAUAUUUCAGAUUACUUUGUUGUAACGUUAGAAUCUCAAGUUUAGAAGUAUUAACACAUAGUUUUUCUCACAAUAUUUGAGGAUAGUUAAAAUAUCAGUGUUUCCAUAGCUUGAAGAAUUUAACCUUAUCUUCAGAUCUAUGACAUGACAACCAAUAGGACUGAUAACAUUAGCUUUGAACCAGUCAUUUCCAGGGUUAAAAUGAAAAUCAUAGUUAACUAGCAAGACCAUAAAGUUAUGCUUUAUUAACCAGUAAAUCUGUGAUAGCUUGAUAAUCAAUAUUAUGGAAUCUACCAUACAUAAUGGCUAAUGAGAACAUUUAGGAAAUUCUUGAAUAAUCUUUCUUGGUACUCAGAAUGAAUAUGGGAAUGAUCCUGUUAGCUUUCUUAAAUGUUCUGUGGCUCUUUUGCUUGUUUGUUUUUCCUUAAAUAAAACUUUUCGUAUUUGUUUAACUUAUACUUUUUGUGAGCUGGAGAUUUUUAGAAUCCUUGCUUUGUUUUCUGUUAAGAUGAAUGUUUAGUUUACUGAGCCAGUUGGUCAUUUCUUCAUGUCUUGUAAGUCCAAGAACUCUAACAUUGAACUGUGAAUAAAUUACCAAAACUUUCUGAGAAUUGCAUUUUGAAGCAAUUUGCCAAUAUUUGAAGUGUAUACAUGUUUGUAAAUGUGUUAAAGAUUGUAUUGCACUAAGAAUGUAGCCGGUGUUUAGUUGUUAGUAAACAUCUCUGAUGUUGAAAGUUAGUCCAUUACUGUUGCUUUUUUAAAAAAAAAGAUGAUUGCAUAAAUAUAAUCAAAAGUUACAUGUCUCCACUUCAACUUGCCAAUUGUUUUAGAAAGGAUCGUUAGGUAAAACAAAGGCUUUACUUUUUCUGAUGACGUACUCCAUAGAUAUUGUAUCUUCUCAAGUCUUUUGAAAUUUUUGGUUAGAACGUGUUCCUAGCAAAUUUCUAGUGUAUAUACAGUGAUCGACAGCUUUGCUUAAGUGAAUUGAUAGUUGCAAAAGAAGGAUAUUUAAAAUGGGUGAGGAGCAAGCCAGCACGUACUCUAAAUCUAAAGUUUCUAAAGUACUGGCAGUCUGUUAAUUAUAGAACAAAGGUUCCUUUUACAGGAUCCUUUUAUAAACAGCAAGCUAAAAUCUCUAUCCCGAGUGCUUACAGCACUCGCUGUGUUUUGCAGGAGACAGUGUUAUGCCAGGGUGGUGUGCAUGAAUGGUUGUGCUGUUUGGCCUUCCCGUAGAUCCGAGCCGAGUCUUCAUCUCUGUCUCCGGGUUGCUCUGCAGCAAAGCCUGGCUGGGGCGGCCACACAGCACGGAUCACUUUUUCCACGGGCCACAUUUUGGCUUACAAUCAGCUUUACUUUUAUCAAAUGGUUAUCUUUAAAUUCUCCUCAAUUGGCUAUAAGUAAGUAUUUACUGAGUACUUAUUAAAAGCCAAGAAAUAAUUUCCCUAAAAAUUUAGAGGCCAGUUUUUCAUUGGAGUGGCGUUUAAGAUAAAGAAAUUCUUUAACUUUUUUGGGUAAGGAAAGAAGGGUUAAAUUCCCUCACUAAUCUGUAGGUAAAUAGUUCUCCUUCAUUUUAAAAAAAUGGUGUAGGAACUCUAUUAGCUUAAACAUCCUGGAGCUAUAAACUAAUCUUGUAAUAAUAUACAGGCAAGUUGCCAGAUUACAGGUUAUUUAACCAGCUGAUCUGUUCCCCAGAAGUAUGUGUGUAACUCGAAAUUCAUUGUUCUCUUUUUGGUUAGCAUGUGUACAAGAGAUUAUUUCCAAGAUUGGAAGGCCAUGUUUUUGAACUUUAUAUUAUUAAUGUGAUUCAUUGGCUCAAAUUCCAAGGUUCACUUAAUGUGUUUUCUCAAAUGUAUUUCUCCUAAUGCUGUUAUGUAGCCAUAUUUACCUUUUCAUAUUUCAAGAGAUUUUUGAAAAUGAAGUAUGGAUGUGCAGUUGAAAAUAUGGAAUAAAAAAUGGAGCUUGUAAACAAUUAGAGAAAUGUUUGCUGGA